AGUUGGUUGCACGUAUUUAAUGGUUCGCGCAUGUUGAUAGUUGAUCUGUCAAAUCCGUGUGGUUUUUUCAAGUAUUAAAAAAUUUCUAAAAAUCGUGUUUUUCUUAUCAAUGUUUUCGUUUUGAAUUGGGUGCCAAUAAGGGCAACAAAUCCAAAUGAUAAAAUAAUUGAUUUUUUAAAAGAUAAUACGUAGUAAGUUCUUUAUCUUAUAUUUUACGAAUGUCUUAUUAUCGUAAUAUCAAAGGACGACCUUCAAUAGCACAUUAUACAGAUAUGGGGGGUAAAGGUAAUAAUCGUAAAAGGGGUGAAGGAAAAUUAAAUCAAAGUGCAAAUGAUUCGAAAAGUUCUGAUUCAUCGUCUGGUAAUGAUUUAGAACGUUCACACAAUAACAGUGAAUUUCAAACAACGGAAGAUAAUUCUUUUAAACUUGCAACGGAUAUCAGUAGUUUAUCAACCAGUGGGGGGUCAAUAUCAACAUCAACACCGAUCUACGAUCGAAAUGACAGUAGGGGGGCGAUUAAAAAACGUGGCGGCACUGUGAUUCAAACACCAAACCGACAAACACCGAACAGGUCACCACUUAAAAAAUCAGAAUCGAAAACUUAUCCGAAUGAUUCAAAUUUGGGGGGUUAUUUUAAACGAAUUUUUCUGGUCGUAUGUUGUUUAGUGGGUAUAUAUUUAUGUUUUUCUUUUAUGGGACGAACGUGCGACUCAGAUAAAGUAACGAAAUUAAUUUCGAUGGAUGAGUUAAAAUUGAAUUUAGAAAAAUCAUUCGAUAAACUUAAAUUAAAAUUUACGUUGAAAGAUGAAUACAUUUGGGAUGAUUUGAUGAGCGGCAUUUUGGAUGUGAUUGAUUUAAAUCGUCAAGCGAUUUUUUUACUUAUUUAUUCAGAUAAUGGAAAUACUGUACGAAAACUAUCAGAAGCUGUAGCUAAAAUAGCUGCAGAAACUAUUAAAUCAGAUAAAAAUAUAGAAGCAAUUGUAAUGAACUCACAACAUUUAAAUAUCGAACCAUAUCGAACAGAUCAUGGUAAAUUGAUUACAAAAUAUCGUGAUGAGUUAGAAGAACAUGGAGUUCUUAUCGUUCACGAUUUACAUUUAGUUGAAGCGAACGUGGCCAGAGCGUUUCAUACAAUCUGUGAUUCAUACAAUCCAAUAGUGGAACAAUCUGUUAUUAUAUUUACAAUGCAAGUUGAUAGUUUAACAAAUGGGAAAGCAACGGAAAUUGGUGAGAAACGAUUGACUCAAGUAUGGUCCAAGGAAUUGGAUAUUGAUGUUUUACAAGCGUUGGUCACACGACUCACCGUUAAUGUUUUAAAAAUUCAAUAAACAAACUCCAAAAAAAAAAAACAAAAAACAUUUUGCUGGGCCCAUAACCGGUUGUUGAGAUGUUAUCGCCGAAUGAUUAAUUGUAUUUUUUAAUCAUUUUCAAAAUGCCAUCAUACUUUAUUUGAUGCAUUUAUAAAUAGGCGACGUAUUUCGAAUCAUACGAAAAAAAUAUGGCAUAAUGAUUUUUGAUUUCUACUUUUGAAAUAUCUUGGUGUGACAGCUCAAAACUUGACCAAAAUAUCUGUCACACUCAGUAAUAAAUAAAAAAAAAUCGUGGCCUAGUCCAUAUUGUAUCUAUCGUUAAAUAAUAUUGAUUCAUAUGCGAAAUUUCGAAAUCCGUGUAAGUGCAGUUUGACUGUGACGGGCUCCAGGACUAUUAUUGUAAUAUAAAUUAAUAAUAAUUAUUAAAUUAAAUAAAU